AUAUACCAAACGCAUGGGUCCAAGAAACCAAACUUAUGUGUCAGAAUUCCUCCUUCUGGGAUUUUCUGAGACUGCAGAGCAGCAGAUGCCCCUCUUUGGAUUCUUCCUGGGCAUGUACAUGGUCACUGUGGUUGGGAACCUUCUCAUCAUGCUGGCCAUUGGCUCAGAUGCCCACCUCCACACCCCAAUGUACUUCUUCCUCUCUAAUCUGUCCUUUGUUGAUUUUUGUCUAGUAUCCACUAUAGUGCCCAAGAUGCUGGUGAACAUCCUAACACAAAAUAAGGCUAUAUCCUAUGCUGAAUGUCUUGCCCAAAUGAAUUUCUUCUUGGUUUUUGCUUGUUCCGACAAUUUAUUUCUCACUGUAAUGGCCUAUGAUCGCUUUGUGGCUAUCUGUUACCCUCUGCACUAUGUCACUAUAAUGAAUCCACGGUUUUGUGGCCUGUUGGUUCUGAUCUCAUGGAGUAUCAGUCUUCUAACCUCCAUUUUCCAAAUUCUAAUGAUGAUGAGACUGUCCUUCUGUACAGAACAUGAAAUUUCCCACUUUUACUGUGAUCUCACUGAGGUUAUGAAGCUUUCUUGUUCUAAUACACUCAUCAAUACUAUAAUAGUAUAUUUUAUAACUACUCUUCUAGGUGUUGUCCCUUUCACUGGAAUUCUUUUUUCUUAUACUCAGAUCUGUUCCUCAAUAUUGAGAGUACCAUCACCUGGAGGGAAAUAUAAAGCCUUUUCUACCUGUGGGUCUCACCUCUGUGUUGUUUCACUAUUUUAUGGCACAGGGCUGGGAGUAUAUCUGAGCUCUGCAGCUGUCCACUCUUCCUGGAAGAUCCCAGUUGCUUCAGUGAUGUAUUCUGUGGUCACUCCCAUGUUGAACCCCUUCAUCUAUAGCAUGAGGAAUAAGGAUAUAAAAGAUGCCCUGAGGAGGCUUAUUAGCAGAACAUCUGACCCUCAGUGAUAAGACCUGUUCCUUGUGACAACAAUGUGGCUUUUAUAUCUGAGGCCAAAAGAUUAUGAUGCAGAAGCAGAAACUUUGGAUCAAAACUAUAAAGGUCAGGAAACUCCAAAGGAUAUUGUCCAGAGUUCUGUUUUCCAAACUGUAUGAUCUCUUUUACUGUCAUUCAUAUUGUUCUCCUUUGUGGUGUUGAUU